AUGAAACCGUACAUGAAACUCGAUUUCAGGUCGUGGAUACAAAAAACAAUAUCAAAAACAAGCCCAGGCAAGCAAGUAGACGAAGUUGCCAUAUACGGUACCGAAGCAAAGAUUUAUGUGUUUCAGCUAGACAAGCAGGUGUUUUUCGAUCUUUCGGACAUUCCGUUCCUUCUUUCGUGCUUCGGGCUGAGCAAUGACCCAAACAGCGUGGAAGACUAUCUCAGGAAAAAUGGAUUCGUGACCAGAAUCAAACAGUUCGACUCUGUAUUCAGCCAUGAGGGAUUCGAGGCAGUAGAGAGCAGCCUUCUUGACAAUUGCUUUGCCGAAAAGUUCAGUGCAUACUGCAAUCAUAAGGUGUUUGAAAAGGACGAGACAUCCAGCAGCCAGUAUGCUGGUCAUGAGAUCGGAUCUGAAUCUAUGUUCUCCAGAGGCUAUUGCGACUCAAAAAGCCCUGUUGACGACCAGGCAUUUUCCUCCGGUGUCAACAAACUGUAUCCAUUCGACUAUCAAUGGACAGACAGCGUCAUGGACAGUAUCAUAAAGAACAUAUACACAUCCGAAGACCACAAAAAGGUGGCCGACGGGCUUGAGGAUGUGCAACGGCAUCGGGCAUGCCGAACCAAGCAGCCAAGAUCCGUAGGAUGCAUGAAGGAUCGACCGUUUGUAUGCAGCUUUAACAGCUGCAAGCGUGCAUUUAAGCGCUACGAGCAUUUGAAGAGGCAUAUUCUCAUGCAUACUGGAGAAAGGCCCCACAAGUGUAAGUUUCCCGGAUGCUCAAAGUCGUUUUCCAGGUCAGACAAUCUCUCUCAGCACUACAAGAUCCACAACAUCUCAAACGAGAUGCAUACCAGGAGCUACGAGCCUUAUAGAUAUUUGAAUAAAAAGCUUAACUAG